AUGGGCAUAAAGUUCUUGAGCCUCCAUAUGAUUCCCUGGUGCUUCCAUCUGAUGGGGAACCACAUCUCCUGUGUGCAAGAGCUGCAGUCAGAACCACCACUGGAGACCAUCAAGCUCAUCAAAUCAGACGGCCUCGUGAAGAUUUACCACAGACCCAUCAACGUAUCAGAGCUUAUGCUUGAAUUUCCCAGACACCUAGUCUGCCACUCCGACUCAUUCUACAUAGGCCAGAAGAUUCCAGCUCUCUCCGAGAACGACGAACUCAAGCUUGGCCACAAGUACUUCCUCCUCCCAAAACAUUUCUUUCAAUCGGUGCUAUCAUUCGUCACCAUCGCCUCAUUUGCUUCCUCUCCAUCUCAGCAGUCGUCGUCGUCUUCAUCGAGAAAUUCCAACAAUGAGUUCCUGAAGAAGGCAGCAGCUAGAUGCCAACCGUUUGACAUACACAAAACUCCAUCUGGUUCUCUUCAGAUACGCGUGUCGGAUGAGUUCAUAUCGAAGCUCAUGCUGGAGGGGAAGAUAGAAGACCAAGAGCAAGAGCAGAGUUCAAGUAAAUCCAAGAGUAAAGUUUGUACUACGCCUCAGUUGCAGAAGGAUUACACGCACCUUGUUGGGUGUCGGCAAUGGAAACCGAAGCUCGAGACCAUAAGAGAAUCCGAAAGAAGGAAGCUUUCGCCUUCGUUUGGCAUGAAGAGAAGGAAAAAGUCGCAACCGAAAGGUACCCAAAAGAGUCAGAAACCAGAACAGUUUCAUGUAGCACUCACAAAACCUCCUUCAAGCUCAAAGACAAAGCUCAAGAUCAAAGGCAAGAAAGGCUUGUGA